AUGGACACUCUUACAGUAGUAAACUGCUGCAUCAAGGUGAAGUCAGCGCUGCUUCCACUGCCACUAAACCGAGCUGGUGUUCCUGAUUCACAUCUGAGUCCUGCAGUGUUGAACUCACAGGACUAUAAACCUUCUCAGUUCACUGGAGGAUCAGCUGACGAUGCAAAGCCUCCUCUCUAUGGAAAUGAUUUCUCUGCUCUCAACAGACUGAAGGCAACUGACUUUUCAGUGGAUAGAUGCUUGUUCACAGUGCAGGAGGUUUUUGUACGGCCACUUAAUGAGUUUGUAUCACUGUGGUGGACUUUUGGUGGAGGAACCAAACUCAUCGUUGACUUGGGUGUGGUGCGGCCCACCCUGACCGUCCUCCCCCCCUCCAGAGAGCAGCUGCAGCAGGGCAGUGCCACACUGGUGUGUCUGUCCAGUGGGGGCUUCCCCUCAGCCUGGAGGCUGGACUGGAAGGUGGGGGGCAGCAGCAGCUCCUCAGGGGUGUCACACGGCACGGAGGUCCUGGGGAGGGACGGCCACUACAGCCGGAGCAGCACCCUGAGCCUCUCUGCAGACCAGUGGAGGAAGGUGGGCUCAGUGAGCUGUGAGGCCAGUCUGAGUGGACAGACCCCCGUCACUCAAACCCUGGACCCUGACCGCUGCUCAGAGUAGAGCUUCAGCAACACUUCCUGUCAGGAAAUGAUGCUUCUUUUUCUUUGCUAGAGAUCUUGAUGAAGCUACAGAUCUUCUCUGUUCAGCUGUUUCUGCAAGUUUCACAUCUCUCUACUCAGUGUUUUAAUGUGCAUGUUGCUUUCUAAUACUGAUCUUCCUUAUAUUCUGCUUUAUGUUCAUUACUUUUCAAAUGAAACUUGAUAUUCUGAGUUUCACUCCAAGAGAAAUUAUUCAUACAUUCAAAAUGUGGAAUGAACAUUGAACCAUUAUUCAAUAAAACUGUUGAUUAUAAUGA